AUGUCUUACCAGCAGCAGCAGUGCAAGCAGCCCUGCCAGCCUCCUCCUGUGUGCCCACCCCCAAAGUGCCCAGAACCUUGUCUUCCCCCACAGUGCCCUGAGCCUUGUCCUCCUCCAGUGUGCCCUGAGCCCUGUCCCCCUCAGCCAUGGAAGUCAAAAGGCCCUCCUGUGCAGUCUCCACCAUGCCAGCAGAAGUGUCCACCCAAGAACAAGUGA